AUGACAGAACAAGAAAGUACUUAUAACAAAGCUACAGAUCCAGGUAUUGACCAUUACGACGUAUCGGUACCGAGUGGCGAGCAAAGCGAAAUUGACUAUAGCGAGACAUCUGAAUCAACUGGCUAUUUUAUAGAGUUUGAGAAUGAAACUUUAUAUUUUGACUCCAAGGAUUGGAGGAAGAGUAGACUUUUAAAGUUCCAGAUAUUAGCAACUUUCUUAGUGUUCAUCAUAUUUGGGCUUGCAGAUCAGACUGUGGGCACUCUUUUGCCAAAAUUUCAAGAAUACUAUAAGAUCAACGAUAUGGCGACCAGCAUGAUCUUCUUAUCGGUUACUAGCGGUUAUUUUAUACUUUCUUUGGUGAGCGAGCUGUGCCAUAAGAGAUUAGGGAUCAAGGGAACGACUGUGCUUUGCUGCACUCUUAUGACUAUAGCGUUUUCCGCCAAUUCCUUAAAACCACCAUAUCCAAUUAUUUUAAUAUCAUUUUUCUUAUUUGGUUGUGGAUGUGGCGGUUUAGAUGCCACCUUGAAUAGUUGGGCUGGUUAUUUACGUGAUUCGAAUCAGAUAUUGGGUUUAAUGCAUGGAUUCUACGGGAUAGGAUGUAUGAUUGCGCCUCCGAUUUUCACGUCCCUCAUGGAAAAGUCAAGAAGACCAUGGGCAUGGAAUGAAUGCUACACUUGCUUGAUGGCUAUAGGAGCAAUUACUUUAGCAUUGAUUAUUACUACUUUUAGAUACGAGACCGCUAAAAAGUUUAGAUAUAAUGCAUUGGUGCUUAGUAAAAGCAGAAAUGAAAUUGAAUUAAGCAAUUUGGAUGAUCUCUCUGGGAAUGAUAAUGACGACAGCGAUGGAAGCUUUGGUGAUUUGACAGUUCCUUUGUCUGAAACAUUGAAGUCAAAGUAUGUUUGGGCUCUUGCCUUUCUGUUGUUUACCUAUGUUGGUGGGGAAAGUGCUUUCGGUGAAUGGUUAAUUUCUUAUAUGAAGAGAGUCAAGAAAGCGCUGUAUCACCACGCAUCUUAUAUGGCCACGUCCUACUGGACUGGAGUAACGUUAGGAAGAUUUGUUUUAGGUUUUGUCACGGCAUCUUACUUCUCUACUGAAUUAAAUGCGUCUGUAGUGUACGUUGGUUUAUCAUUCUUAGGAUAUGCAGCCUUCUGGUUCACCUCUCUAUUUCAUAAAGGUUUUUUGCUAUUUAUUAUUGUCCUUUUCACCGGCUUUGUGACUGGUCCCAUAUUCCCAUCAACUAUAGUGGUCGGUUUGACAAUUUUGCCUAUUAAGUAUCACAGUUCAGCACUCGGGUUUAUUUGCUCAUUUGGAGGCGGUGGAGGUGCAGCUGUCAACUUUGCAGUAGGAGCAAUCGCAGAAACUGAUUUUGGGAUAAAAAGCUUUCCAUUUAUUAUCAUGAUAACCUUUGCAGUUUUGUUUAUGAUGUGGUUGGGCAUCUAUAGAGCAUGCUUUAAGACUUAUAAUAGAACAGCUCUAUGA